CGCGGUGUCUUUCUCGGCAGUUGCUCUUUGCUCGUGUUUCCGUCUGCACGUGAAAUUUUUCCUGUUGUUGCCUAUUACGGAUACUUCCGGAUAUUCAAGUUUCGGCAAAAGUGCUUUGAUUGUGUUGACUACAUAAGAUACUAUCAAGAGUAUAUACAAGAGAGUUUUUAAUAGAGAAGUCAAAGGACUUCUCAUAAGGUGAUCUGCUGGGAAAAAAAGCUUGUCUAAAUAGCAUUAGGAGUGGUGGGAGUUAAUAAGGUUAAAGAAGAGGAGUGAGUGAGCCCUAAGGGGGAUUUCGAGUGCCAGAGAAGGAAGAAAAAAAAAGUUAGUUUUUGGGGGUGAUGAUGGAUGAGAAACCUGGACUUUCGGGUUCAACAUUCAACUGUGAAACAUGAUAAACAUAAUUAGUGAAGCAAAGUUGGGUUGCAUAUGAGAAGUUGAGACAGAGAGGGUGGUUGGGUCCUGGAUCCAGGUACACCUCAUUUUAAAUAUCAAGUGAGUUAUGAUUUUCUCGUGGGAACUGUGGAUUUACGGCUACCACCUCUGUUGCUUCCGAUAAGGGUGUCCAGCCACCGAGGGUAGAUAUACCCUCCUGCGAGCAACAACUUGCCCCGCAUUCUGUGCUGCUUUUUUUUUACCAUCAUCCACCGCUGAAAGCGACCCAGCUAACACCGGACGGAAUGGGUGCAGAGCAUACGAAAAUGUUGAUAAAUUAUGCACCAAGUAAAGCACUGAAAGCGCUCUAAGUGAUUGGUCUGUGUGCUGAGAAAACUUCCAUCAAAGUAAAGAGUCAAGGAGUGUGGAAGAAAAAAGUGGAUAGAAAAAAAGUUGAAAAUAAAAUGAGUUAUAGAAACUUUGUUGAGGGAGAAAGUUGAGGAAAAGUCCAGUGGAUAAAUUCAGCAGUCGUGCUUUUUUUCUCUCUCAAGUGAAAAAUUUUCCGCCGAAGUUUUCACUUGGUAUCAGCAGUUGAUAACCACAAGAACCUAAAUCCGACGAGUUCAAAUUUUGUUCAAGUGCAGUGCCCCUUCUAGAAGAUGCAGUACCUAGCUGUGUCAAAUUUAAGAUACACCCUUCUGUUGCUCGUGAUAACUGCAGGUACAGCAUUAUCCUUGCGAAUAAUCCAAAUGAGCGUUCCACGAGUGAUCAGGAGUGGUGACGAUGGAAAUCUCAUGUGUCUGUAUGAUUUGGAGGGUGAGCAUCUCUACUCUACAAGAUGGUACAGAUAUCGUCGUGAAUUCUAUAGAUAUACACCAAAAGAAAAUCCAGCAAAGAAGACUUUUCCAAUACCAGGAAUUAAUGUUGAGAUAAGCAAGUCAAAUGCAAGUCACAUAACACUCAACUCAGUAGAACUAGCUACAUCUGGGAAAUACAGUUGCGAAGUCACCUUGGAUGCACCAUCCUUCAUGACCGGAUUAGUAUCUGGUGAUCUGCAGGUUGUUGAAAUUCCACAGCAGCGACCAUCAAUAAGUGGUGCCAAAUUGAAGUAUCGAGUCGGAGACGUCCUCACAGCGAAUUGUUCAUCGAAACAAUCAAAACCAGCUGCCAAUCUGACGUGGACAAUAAAUGAUGUUCAAGCCAGUUCAUCCCACGUUCGACUGUACAAGCCAGUGAAGGAUGAGACGACAAAUUUGGAGACAUCAAUUCUUGGAGUACAUUUCCUUGUAGCGCGUCAGUAUUUUUUGCAAGGAAAAUUGAAGAUUAAGUGCACCGCCCAAAUCUACCAUCUGUACAAUCAAUCCACGGAACAAUUCCUGGAAGAGGAUCGACCGCAGGUGGUGGUGUUGUCGUCGGAUUCAUCUCCCCUCGGGCCACCCAACGUCAACAUGGUCCAUUCGCCCUAUGAUCAAUCUUCAUUGCAUGACGAAAUUGAGAACGAUGCAUUCAUGACGCACAUCCAAGCUGAUAUGUCAUCAUCCAGAUCCCCAAUUACAAUUUCGCCAUUUGCUCGUCUCUGGUGGAUCUCAUUAAUAACAAUUACAUCAGCACUGUUUCACUUGAUGAGUGAAGGGCUCCCAGUCACUCUUGCAUUGCUAGAUUGAAUUGGUUUGGCGUUAGCAUUGGCAUCAAAGUCAUGGACAAUGAUGGCAAAAAUACAAAUGUAAUAAUAAGUAUAAUAGAAGCAUGGGGUGGAAGCCACUUCAAUCUGAUAAUUUUUCACUCUGACAUGUGGAGAGAAAAAAACAAGAGUGGGUAUAGACCAGGAAAAAUGAUGGCGGGGUGAAUAGAAAAAUUUUCCACUGGCGAAAAUGAAAAAUUGAGAGAUAUGAAACAGUUUCAGCAUUAAUUCUGUCUCUAGCUAAGAGAAAAAGAAAGCAAAAUACAGCAUAUAGAGAGACAUUUCCCGAAAAAGUGAAAUAGAACUUAAAUUAAUGAGACAUUGUUAUUAAGAGUGAAUGAGUUUUUCAGAAAAUGUCAAGGAUUUUAAAAUUUUAUGGGGUGCUUUCAACUGAUGUUCAAUUAGAAUGACUUCUCGGACAAAAUACUAAAAAUUGUAUUGUUCACAAAAGACAUAAACAUAACUUUCUUUCACUUAAUAUCUUUUUUUUUAUUAAAUUAUUUUGUACUUAAUAUCUAGACCACUUUCUCAAAUGUUAUUGAAAUUCUUGAAUUUAGAAAUGUCGUUUCACUUCAGACAUUUUUCAAGUCUUCCAGACAAAGUAUGAGUAAUAUUUCCUUUGUCAACAAGUUUAUAUUGACGAGAACUAAUACAUGAUUUAUAUUCCAAGUAAAUAUUUAACUUUCUCUCUUCAUUGAUUUAUUGUGCUUCUUUCAGAAAAUUUGUUUCGAAAUACUCCUUAUUUCUUUGUCAGACUUAUAUAGUGUGACUCGAUGAUCUACUGCAUAAACAAUUCACUUAAUCUAUCACUGCAAUAUUAAAAGGAAAAAUAUUAUAUACCAAACACACAAUAUUUUAUUGUAGACAUUCUAUUUAUUACAGUUUAGAAAUAGCUACACAAAAGAGAAAAUUUUGCAAAAUUGUUUGUAAAUGUUUGUGAAUUUCUACUGCGGACAUACGAAAUGCUCGCAAAUAGUAUAACCCACUAAAAAGUUUGUCCUUUUUUCACAAACAUUGUUCGUAACAUGAUCACUGGACGAACAUUUUUUGUUCUUUUACAAACAUUUGUUCGUAAAUGUUUGUAAACACACAGAAAAAUGUUCGUGAAGUUUUGCCAUUUGCAAAUAAUGUUUGUAAAUGAAUAAAACAUCCUUGUCAAGUAAAAGUUGCGAACAAUUUUUGUGAAAAAAGUACAAAAUUCGUUCGUUUUUGUUGUCUGGCAAGGAUUUACGAACAAAUUACAAAAUUUUACGAAAUUUUUUCAUGUGGUUACGAACAUUUACGAACAAUGUUUCUGAUAAAAGGACAGAUUUUUACGAACAAUUUACGAGCAUUUCGUAAGUCCCCAAUAGGAAUUCACAAACAUUUACGAACAAUUUUACAAAAUAUUUUUUUUCUGUGUAGUAAGAUAGACUGGGGCAAAAUUAGUCAGUUAAUAAAAUUAAUCUUUGCGUAUAAUUUGUGAGAAAUGUUUGGAUUAGACCGAUAAAAAUGUGAAUAGGGGAUGUUGUUCUUACAUUUAUUAGAUAGUUAGUUGAAUAUUUAUUGUAAGACAAAAACAUACACUGGUCUAAUUCUACCCCUGUCUAAUCCGGCUCCGAUUGCCCACAAAAGUAGUCUAGUACUAAAUAUCUAGCUCGCUCUCGUGAGCAGUUCCAAAAAUAUGUCUGCAAAAUAUUGGUAAUUUACUGUGCAAUAUUAUGGAGUUAUAAUGAUACUCUCUCUGUCCCAAAAUAAGUCGUACAUUCUUUCAUAUAAAAUGUACUAGCAAACGUACGACUUAUUUCGGGACAGAGGGAGUAAUAUAUUAGAUUGAAACCGAAUAAAGCAUUUAAGCACAGGCAUGUUCUAAAUUAAAUAGUGAAAGGAUCACGCAACAUUAUCUAUGUACGUACAUUUUUUUUAUAAAUUUUUAAAAUUUUCUAAGCAGCAAAAAAUAUAAAUUUUGAAUUAGAAUCAUGGUAUUGGAUUUGUACUAAAUAUGAAGAAUACAAAGUUUACUAGUGCUACACUUGAAUUGUGCAAGCAAGUUAAGCAAGAUGCAGUAAUGUACGAUCAAUAAUAAAAACAGACUAUUCUAGAUCCUUAAUAAACUAUUAUUUUUUUUUAAGUUUAAUUUCCUAACAGCUGUAAUGCUCCUAUUCUAAAAUAAAUCUAAGAUUUAGUACACACAUACCUUUACGAAGAAUAACUAUUAUGAAGUACUAAAAAUGUUGUACUCAAAUAAUUUUAUCAAGUCUUUAAACAGAUUGAUCAGUAAUCUUGAUUUAGGUUUUGGUGUGUUCGCACAAAUUUCAUAAAAUGUUGAAAAUUACGGAAGCAAAAAAUCUUUUAAAGCUUAUCUUACUGAAGCAGCUUUUAAAAAUAUAUAAUAUCUGAAAAACAUUUUUUUUAACAUAUUUCAUAAAUUUUCAUGAAGUUAUAAAAAAGUAGUAAUAAACUUGUCUUAAAAUUGUAUUUUUUCACUAUUUUACAAAAAAAAAUUAGUAUAAAACGAAAUAUAGUGUUAAAAUUGAAUGAAUAUUCCGGAAUGUGUUGUUAAAACUGUGUAUAACUAUCAAAAUUAUUAAAUUUUUCAUAACAUUUUUAAGUAAAACUCCGUGGUAUUUUCAAAAAUCUCGUAAUUUUGUAUAAUAAUAAAUUUGGUAGAUUUGUCUUUGCCCUUUCAAAAAAUAUGCAAUAAGACUCAAAAUUAUCUUCGAACUUAAUUUAGUACAUGCCUGUACUAAGAUUUUUAAAAAGAUAAAUUUGCUGUUAUUUAACAUUUCAAUUGAAAUUCAGUUUUAAACAAUUUUAUAUACAAUUAUUGUGAAACAAUUUCCGAUUAUUGAAUCCGAAAUGAUUGUGAAAUAUAUAGUAUUCCAAUAAAUUUUUUUUUCCGGAAACUGACUGUUUUCAUAACAGUGAAAAUUAUGAUAGACAACAUUUAAGGUUUUUUUGACAUUAAUAAAGCUGAAGCACCCCAUAUAAAACGAUUGAAGAUUGAACAGUUUCUUAUAAUUACCGAGAAAAAAAGUGAAUAGCUACUAUGUGUACGAAUUUCAAGUAAAUUUAAAAAUGAGAAAAACUACCAUUAUGUGAAAAACUUUGAUAAUAGAAAAUGUAGUAAAAAUUUUAAACAAAAUCCCUCGAGGUUGAGUGUAUAUAAUAAAAGAUAGGAUUGAAAUAAGCUUGAAUAAAAUGAAGAAAACUAUGUACAUAGUGAUUGUGUAUGUAUAGAGGGAUUUAUGAUUUUUUAUUGUGACGCUUCUUCCAUCCCUUUUCAGUCGAGAUACACCAAGAGAAAAAAAUGACUCUGGUUAUAUAAAUGUGUAUAUAUUAAAUGAUUGAAUGGUUGUAUAUAGAUUGAUUGAAGAAAGUAGAAGGAAGAAUAAAAAAAAUAACAUUGAAAGAACAAACCAAGUAUUAGGGGAAAAUUGAUGGAAAAUCGACAACAAAGCAAUUGACCAAGCUAUAGGUCACUCAACCAUUUUUUCCAAUUAUCUUUAUUUACUUUUCAACGAAAUGAUGGAAACAACAAUAAUGAAUAUUGGUUUUUAUUAAUAAUCUAAUGUACCUCCUGAGGAUGGAAAAAAAAUCAUCAUUUGUCCUUCUAUCCGAUACAGCAUUCAUCACACUGAAAGAAAUCUGAUUGAACGAUUAGAUAUAAUUAUGACAAAAUAUCACAAGUUAUAUGGUCAUUAUUAUCAUAAUAAAAGGAGUAUUGUAAAAUAAGGGCAAAAAUUUUGGAAGAAUACGAUACAUCGAACUUUUCAAUCUACUUUUCAUAUUGUACAGCGCACGGCUUAUUCAACACAUGGUAACCCAGUUGACGGCAGUAACCCACCUAUCCUAAUCUCUUAUUUUUUUGACACGCCCAACUCCAACAAUCCUUAUGGGUGCUGAAAGAUUGCUUUGGGGUUUUUAUUGUUGAGUAACUGACCUUACUCUUCAGAUGGUCUCAGAACUAUUAUAUUUAAUCAUAAAGCAUUAGGAAAAACUCAAUUUUACAUGAAUUCACUUGCUGAAUAAAAGUGUGACGCGAAAGAGUUAAACACUAAAGAUUUCCUAGAAAAGCUAUGCAAGCCAUUUGGAGGGCCUCUUUUUUUUCGACCUCUGGGCAGACCUAGGAUAAGGUGACUGAAUCAAAUUCAGGAUCUUGUCUUGGAGCGCCUUGGAAUCGAACCCGUACAUCUUCCUGAAGUGGUGGAGGAUCGACAGACGUGGGCUGUUAACCUUGAUGUCAUGAGCCCACGACUACAAUAGAGAUAAGCGGUUAAAAAUGAUGAUAAAGUACUGAUAAAUGAAUCUAUUUUUUUUUACAAAACAUUUCUAUUAUUCAAUUCAUUUAUAUAUUUCGCCUAAAAUGUACUUGAGAUGUGGCUUCCGUUGACUAACCUUAACCGAUAUCAAUCCGAUACACGAUAGUUCACUCAAUGAGUUUAAGUGUAAUAGGAAUCGAUUACUCUUAAAUCAGGGGGGUGACGUUAGCUCUGAAAAAUGCGAUCAGUUUUAGUGUAAAUUUUUUUUCGUACACAUUUCACGAGAUAUCUUCAAAACUACGUAGAUUCCCAAUUUGGGGUUUUCGGUUGCUUCUUCGUUAUUAAAUUGGCUUUCAUUUUGUAUUAGUAUUUUUUGCUAAUUCAUUCUACAAUGACAGAAAACAGCUAAUAAACUCAAAAGUUUUUUCGGCGCGCUAGAAACAUAUGCGAAACAUGUCAUGUCCCUGUCUUAAAUCGUAAAAAUAGGAUCAAACAUUUUGGUGGAAAAUGACAGGCUUUUCAGUAAGGAAUAGUUUGUUAUUAAAUGAAGUAUAUAUUAUAUUUACAAAGAUUUUGGGUGAAUAUUACACUCUCCAUGAUAAAAAUUACCACAAAAAUAUGUGACGCUGUGCCACUGGCGCAUAUUUUAUCAUAAUUAUAGCAAAUUUUUCAAUGUAAAUUUUUCAGUGUAUCCCGAUUUUAAAACUUUGUCCAAGUUUGUUUGUUUUUUAAAUGGACAAAAGAAAAUGCUCAUUCCAACUUAAAGUAAAAGAAAACUACAGACAGACUUAUGUAUAUUUAGUAGAUGGAAAUUAAGUAUAGUAAAUUAAAAUCAAUAUUAAAAGAAAUUAAGAGAAAAAAAAAGAAAACCUUGUACUGAUAGUAUGAAGUGGAUUAUGAAUUAAUAUUAAAAAUGAUAAUAAUUGUUAGAUUGAUGUUUAUUACAGAAAUGAAAACAAAAAUUGAUGAAAAAGAAAAGACAACAAUAAACAUAUAUGACUUUUAUCAUAAA